AUGGUGGAAUGUUCGUUGUGCUCGCUAUUGAGUUUUUUAUUCAACUGUAUUUACCAUGUGAUCGGUUGUGCUUUAGAGUACCCGCUGGUAGUAAUGGCGCUUAGCUUUCUAAUUGCGUUGGUUUUCGUAACAAAUAUUUUUACGGCAAAAUUGAUUUGUGAUUUCCGUAGUCCGUUACGUGGCGUCCCAGCAGAUGGCGGCGGAAGCUGCAAUGGCAGUGGGCAAGGCGAGAGAAGCGCAUCAACGCAAUUUGAUUAUGGGCCAGAUAAUGGUCCACAUAAUUGGCGCUGCUCGGACACAAAUCAAUCGCCCAUAAAUAUUAUCGAUGAUAAUGUGCAAAAAUUUCCCAUACGUGAAUUACUUUGCUGGAAUCACUACGAUGAUUUACCCAACGGCAUUAUGCUGGAGAAUAAUGGUCACACAGUUGUGCUACGCGCCUCUUAUUCAGGCAAUACACCCACCGUUAGUGGUGCUGAUCUGCUGGCUUGUUAUACAUUCGUUGAACUUUGCUUUCGCUGGAGUUCAUUAGGCAACGAUGGAUCCGAACACAUGCUGAAUUACCGCAAAUUUCCGCUGGAAUUACAGGCAAUGCACCGCACUGGCCCCUCUGGCGAUUAUACCUCCAGCUAUGAUAUUCUCAUGGUUGGCUACUUCUUUGAGGUUUCAUCGAACAAUCCCUAUUUGGACCCACUCGUACAAAAUUUACAUCGCAUACAGAAACCUGGCUCUAAAAUCGAAAUUCCACCUUUUCCACUCUCCUAUCUGUGCUAUCAAUUUCGUACUGGCUUCUACAGCUAUGGCGGCUCACUGACCGAACCGCCAUGCUAUCAGGGUGCCGAAUGGUUUCUCUUUCCCGAGCCAUUGGCAAUUAGUGAACGGCAGUUGAACGAAUUUCGUCAGUUGCUAUCGAAGGAUGGCAAAACACGUAUUCUACGUAAUUCACGUCCUGUUCAAGAUAUCAAUUGUACACGCGUUGUCAACUUAAAUCAAUUUAAUCCCAUAGAUGCUUGCCCGAUGGAGCCGCCCGUGUGUGUAGAUGAGGAAAGUGUUGAAUAGCAAGGAAGUGCGAAGAUGAUUUGCACCGAAGCCAAUGCGAUUUCAAGAUUUUAUAUUUGUAAAUUUAUUUACAAAUCAA